ACAGUAAACAAGCGCUGGAAGUAGACAAAAACUUAUUAGACGAGAACUUCUAACGAAACAAUUUGAUUACUCAACUGGCUAGUAAUCGAGUUUGCUAUUUUAAAUUCGAUUCUCUAGUGCGAUUUCUUUAUCGAGAAAAAACGACCUCGUCUCCUCAUAGCACCUUAUUUGAGACUGUGUCUCUACUGUCUUCUCCUUCUGUGAUUAUGCAUAUUAUCAUGUUGUACAUCCGUCUAGCAGUGCUCUACUUUAUUUUAGGCAUAUUUGUUCUAAUUACGACUGCAGCAUUGGGAGAUCCAGCCGCUGCCCAGAAACCUGUAACUGCAGCGAAGGAAGAUGAGCGGCCUGAUGAAGGGAACAAGCAACACGAGUUGUCUGCAGCGUCUCUAGAAGAAGGAUCUUUUGAGCAGGCGUCUCUGAUGCAGACUACACGUACCUCCAAGAUGAUGAAAAAUCGUGCUGCCAGGGAGGUCGUGGUGGACGAGCAACAAGCAGAACAGCCCGUUGCACGUCCUGAAAAUGAUGCAGCCACUCCUUCGGAACAGCCCGUUGCACCACGUCCUGAAACUGAUGCAGCCACUCCUUCUCCUCCGCAACCACAGAGUGACGCAGCCGCUCCUUCUCCUCCGCAACCACAGAAAACCGUGGUACCGGACGAUGCCCCGUUGCCCGCAGCGGAAGAACCCAAUCAACCUCCUAAUGCUGCAUCCGCAGAGAUAUCUACUCCUCUACCAGAGGACCCGCCUGAAGUCGCUGCUGCAGCUCUUGCUCCUCCGGAUGCUGAGAUAUCUACUCCUCUAGUACCAGAUAAGGAUGCGCCCGAAUCUCGUGCUGCUGCUGACGCCGCCGCACCAGCUGAGGCGCCUCCACCUGAGGCCGCCGCUCCGGAAGCCCAUUUACCUCACCCUGCCAUCCCCGAGGAGACCGCAGCGAACCAAGUGGUUGAACCUGAAGUAGAAACCGGAGUAGAAGGAUCAAAAAUCGAGCAAGGUGAGGCAAUUUGGACGACAAUUUAUGGGUUGGAAAUUGACCUCUCUGUGAGCAAGCAUCUUUUUGGCUUCUGCAAGUUAGUAGCAAAGCCAUAGAUAUCAUGCGAGUGAGAUCGGUCAACUUUCAACCGCUAAACAAUAGUUGGGUUAGAAGAGCAAUGCCAAACUAGUGCCAAGCGAAGUCGUCUUGUUCUGCACCGUAACUGGGCUGCGGAAGUACUAGCACUGAAUGUCGAAAGAAUGCAACGAAAAGUGGGACUCAUCCUUAUGGCUAUUGUUUUCAACAUAAUACAGGAGAGGAAAGGAAGAUAUCCAAUAUAACGGGUUCUAGUUCGACCUCUACUGCAUCCUGAAAUUAUAAGAUAGAUAUUUUUAUUUUGUUCUGGCAACCGAGGAAGUGCUUUUGUUCAUCACUUACUUUCAUCAUGAUGCUGGUGGAGGCAUCUACUCCUUAUCGUUACAGGUGGGUAUGGAAUUUUUUCUCUGCCAUCUUCAUCUUGUCCUAGCAAAAAAUUCGAAAAUCGGUAACUACAACAUUAUAAUAUUAUCUUAAGCUCGUGAACUAUAAUAUUAUCUUAACAAGCUGAUGAACUACUACCUUCUUCGAACAAUAAAGACGCCUUGCAAAACGAGUUUGGUAUUGGCGAAGAUGCGACUUCGACUAUGGUUGGAAAGGUGAAUGGAGAAGACGUAACGCUUGCGGAGUUGACGGAAAAAGUCAGCAAUUUUGCUGCCACGCGCGCGAGCCAAAGUCAGGAUCUGAAGUUAUGCUCUUGUUCAUGUGAUGACGUCAAGUAUCAAUUUCCUUAAAGAAGCUCCCUAUAAGGAAGCUCCCUAUAAGGAAGCUCCCUAUAAGGAAGCUCCUUAAGAGAUUUCGGCCGGUUGCUAAUACUAUAAAUACUAAUAUAUAAGUAGCACUCAGCCUUAUUUUAUGAACUUCUUGAGCUUUUAGUUUUACUAUACUGUUGAGCUUUUAGUUUUACUCCAUAAUACUGACUUAUUUGAAAUGUCCUUGGUACUAUACCUUUUUAUUACUAGAAAUCUCCAGUUUUUUGGAGCUGCAGUAAGUUCACGUUAUUACAACUUACACUUGGGAGAUUUGCUGCAGUCCACGUUAUUACAACUUAUACUUAGUAGAUUUUCUUUUAGCAGUCAAAAGGAAAAGAAAAACUGCUUAAUAUGUAGUUGUAGCUUGAUAUUCCAGCCAAAAGAAAAACUCUCACCUGAACGGAUGCCUUCGUCAUAGGAGAAUAUCGACUCGCCAACUUGCCCAAAAAUGCUUCUAAUGAAGAACAGGGCAGACUAUUCUCAACAGAUAUGGCUGCCGCUGAUUCGAUUUUUUAGAACUAGGUAUAACAAUAACUACCGAAGCAUUAACUUUCGUAGUCGUGCUGAACUACAAGAACAGAGGCAAAGAACACAUGACAAGAAGACUCAUCCCUUGCGCCUCGAUUUAGAACUAGUUGACGAGGGCAGCUAUGGCCUAUUUGAAUUUGUAGGCUGCUUUAAGAAACGAGGACAUAACUAGUACUGACUGGUCUUCGCUAUCAUUCUACUGGUGAGGCAGUUUGUUCUACUUUUCCCUAUCGCAAGAGUCCUCUAGGCCUUCGGCUGCUAUGAUUUUUGGCUGCUCUAAUAAACGACGACCUAAAAGCGUUUGAUUCUAUUGUAGGUCCAGAAGGAAGCGCGAGCUCCGCGGUGGAGUACGAGGCUCUUAUCGACUCCAUGGUACUUACGGCUUUGACUUUGUUCUUAUUUUGCCAAAGUAUAAGCAGGUCAAACUGUGGACGGCGAGUCAACGCCUAACGACCUACCCUAAGCAUGCAAGAUGAGUAUAUAAUUGUAAGAAUCAAUAUAGUUUUGCUAAUGGUAGCGAGCUGGAGUCACGGCUUUCGCUUUGAUGUAGUUCUUUACUUUUAGAAAGAUACAAUAACUGACUCGUCCUCUAGUAGUACUGUACUACUCAACUGCGAUAGCACUAGCAACUGUAUUAAUGGCCUCCUGGUGUUCCUUUUAGAAUGGUACUAUUGUCAUUGUGUAAACAUGUACUAUCUGUUGAUGCACGACCUCGAGCACGAGCGCAUUUUUUUCGAUUUUCUUCCAGGGAUCUGCAGCUCUAAUCUACAGAGUGAUAAUGUGUGCCGCCAGCUACUAAAGGAUAAAAUUUAA